AUGCAAGCUCACGACGGUCUCCGGGCUUGGCUAGCUCAGGCUCUGCUUCUGCUUUUGACGCUCCCUGCGUGCACUCGUGCUUCACUCUUGGGCACGAUCCUGUUCGGGAAAGAUACGCUGGAGCCCGUCCGUGCUGAAAUCCAGCACACCGAACAGUUGCGCCAAGAGGUGUUUGGCUGGUACCGUCACAAUACUACACUGCAAGCCAACUUCACCGUCUCGCCAGACCCAUCUGACAUCGCCCCUCUUCUUCCAGCAAUCUACUCGGGACGCAGCCUGAUAGAGCCGGACGGCGCAUACUACUCGGACAUCGAAGGAUACUACAAGGGUGAAUGGGUAGGAUGGGACUACAGUACACAGGCCAACAGGUCCAUUGCGCUCGACUCUCGCCUCAACCACGCGGCUGCAGCCAAGCUGUCUGCAGAACGACCCCAACAACCUCCCAUCUACUUGGACGGCGUACAAGAGGAAAAGCUUAUACAAGACCGCGGCGCAUUUGAAUGGCUCACCGUCAAACCGGCGCACGUUGAUCUCCAUUUGGUAGAAGAGCAUCUGCUGAAAGGCAACGUGUCGCUCAUCACGGGCAGCUUGAGCUUCACCGCGCCUCCCAACUCCAAAAGCUCGGUGGACUCGGUCGAUUUCACCCUCGAAGGUCUUCACUUUAUCCCCACCGGCAGCCUAUUUUUGCAUGCGGUGGCCAAAGAAGCACACGAAACACCGGAUGUGCGCACCUCGCUGGCCUCGAUACCACACGACAACAACCAGACCGCUAAUGCCACCAUAUCUGCUAUCGACAAGGUUUUUCAGCUCCGUAUCGACACGCUGCAAAGUAUCAUCGCCAGCGGAUCGUACGACAACGGCGAAUCUUCCACAGACACGCCGGUGGCGCUCAAACACAAUUGCUCGCUCCACAUUUAUGCUCAACUUCAUUCUGCCGGUCUUCACGCACACCUUCAGCCGCAGAUCGACGCCCUCGAGUACGAGAUGCAAAAGUCCACGGGGAUCAGCACUAUCGCACCUCCACCGCUUAAGCUCUCGCUCCGAGCCUACUCACCCGAAUGUCAGCUGCUGCUCACCUCGGAAGAGCUCAGAGGGCUGCUGGAGACGAGCUUGCGGAAGAAAGCGGUGCACUACGCCAUCUUCUACUUUGUCGUGCUCUUCGUUCAGACGUGGUUGCUGGUACAGCAGAUGGACGUGACGACGACUCCGAGUGGGCUCGCCAAAGUCAGCGACAAGACGUGGUUGGCACAGUCCAUUUUGGAUGCGUAUGGAUGCUUGAUCCACCUCAGCGUGGCGGUGGUGUUCGAAAGCGAGACGACACUGCCGUUGAUCGCAUGCGCUUUCAUGAGCGGCAUGUGCUUUUUGGCGUUCGGGUAUAGGUAUACGAUUACAAUUUACAGGACGCAGAUGGAUGCUGCACCGACGACUGCGGCCGCACCUGCGCCCCUACCUGCACCUGCACGGCCACAGACGGACGUGCAAGGUGUGACGGAAACCCCUGCUGCCGCUGCCACGGACCAUGCACCAGCGACAGCAGCGAGACCGAGCAACUUUGUGGCCUCGACAAUCGCCUCGAUCACAGCUGCCGAUGCUGCUACUGCCUCCGCCGAAGAGAUCCAAGCGCGACGUCGGGGUGCCACCAUCCUGUUCGUCGGCGUUUUCCUUUUCAUGGUGGGCUUCUUCCCACUCGUGACCGUCACACUGAUGCUACCCAUCCUCUACUCUUUCUGGAUCCCACAAAUCUACCGCAACGUGCAGCGCGGCACACGCAAAGCUAUUCUCAAGCGCUGCGUCGUCGGCACUACGCUCACGCGCUUGUUCAUCCCGCUCUACCUGCUCGCAUGCCCGGAAAACGUCAUGCUUAGCGAGCCAAGCGUGUGGGGCUGGGUGCUGGCGGGCUACUUGACGGCCCAAGCGGCGGUGUUGGUGUCGCAGGACCUGUUUGGACCGCAUUGGUUCUUGAAGCAGGAGUGGGUGCCGGCUGCAGCUGUGAAAGGGUGGGAGUAUCACCCGCCGCUUCCGAGUGAUGACGAGGAGGUGGCCGAGAGAGGAGCGGAAGAGUACGGAGACUGCGCCAUCUGUCUCACUGCCAUUGAAAACAGGACCAAGCAGAGUGUAAGGAGGCGCAAGAGGAACGAUCGGUCUUCGUUCAAGGGUAGUAGCUGGUUUGAUCUGUCGAGCUACAAGAACGGAUACGACCGCAUCGCCGAUGAUGCCGAAGAUUUCGAAGUCGAUCCAAACGAAGGCCAAGAUGAUGCUUCGCACACGUCUGUGCAGCUGUAUCCGCCGGAAAAGGCUCGCCACAGCAGCCGUACCGAUUGGCACAGACAAAGGCAUCCUCGAAAAAGUGGCGGCGGCAUCAGCCGACGACUUCGAUCCUUGCUUGCGCGAAGCAUCCGAACAUUGCUGCGAUGGAAACAAGGCCUGAGCACCACAAGCACGCUGCGUCGACGGAGGACGGACGUGAUGCUUGCACCUUGCCAGCACGCCUUCCAUACGGAAUGCCUGGAGCGGUGGUUGGAGAUCAAGAACGAAUGUCCGAGUUGCAGGAGAGCCUUGCCGCCCAUCUAA